AUGGAAAUCUACAGAGAUGCCGAUAUCAAUGACCGUACUCCUGGUGGACAUGGAACACUUCGCUCCCGCAAACCCUUGACUCCUCACAACCGUCAGACUCCGAUGCAAGCAUUUCGACAGUCCCUCAAGACCACUUCUAGCAAAGAAGCCUACGAACAAGGAGCGACUUCGACAAACCCAACCAAGAGCGCUACGAAAAGUGUGGCGUUUGCAAAGUCGAAAGAAAAUCAAAACAGUUUAUCAGUACCCACAAGUGUACAAUCUUUUCGUCAAAGUUUGAGAGGAAACGGUGGCGGCUCAAGGCUGCUUGCUGGACGACGUCUUGGAUCUCCGUCUGGCGGGGUCUUGCGGUCACGAUACGCAACGAAUGGAUCUACUGGCAAAAUUAUUUCCACGGCUCUCGGUCCACCUCAGCGUGUAGUACCGAAGACUCCUAAAUCCCUUCUUCGGAGUGAAAUGGAGGAGGAUGAUUCCAUGGAAGAGGAAAGCUUUCUUGUUUCGCCACCACCUGACGCUCUGUGGAAUCGUCUAGAAACAAACAGCACUAGGUUAGUGGUGGUUUCUCCCCACGUUGCCACUCAAAUACACGAAACACUUUCUGCAAGAAAAUUCAAGGAAGGGAGAGAUCAAAAGAUGGAUGACAAAUCGCCGUUCUUUUCGCCCCCAUUGCAACCAAGAAAGUUAGCAAUCUCGACGGUGAAGAAACUGAGCAACAGGAAACCUUCAUCUCCAGUUUCUUCUGCCGAUUCGGCAUCGGAUACCAAGAGUCCAUGGUUUAGUCUCCAAGACGCCGAGACCGUUGCUUCGACAAAUGAUGUCUGUGAUACUCCUGUUGUGCGUACAAAUUUAUUCAAGACUUCUCCACAACUCAAGACGCCAAACGAUAUGAAGGCUCUUCUUCUACGAAGUACUGAUGUCCGUCAUUUAACUAAAGAAGAUUCAUCCAUCAACCAAAAUGCAACGGAAAAAGUAGAAAUCGAGCAACUAAGCGAUAUCUACACUCCCAGAGAGAAUUCAACCGAACGAGAGACAGGUCUCAUGGAUUAUUCACAUAUGUUUUCAAGUUCGAAGAAAGCUGCGACAGGACCUCCAACUCACUUGCUUCAUCGGCUUAAGCAUCGGUCCAUCAGAUCUUCAAACGAUUCCUCCGUGGAUGGAACCAAGUCCGUAGACAGGCAAAAGAGACCAGUUCCGAAGGCGAAGUCUGUAACGAAAGAGUCGUCAACCAGAGAGACUCAACCUCCAACGGAAAGCGUGUCAACUGUCGUUACGCAGUAUCAUGACGGUAGUGCAGAGGUAGAAGAGAAAGAGAUCAACGCAGACGCCAAGACGAAUGGAAGUGGGCUGAUGGAUUUCACGCAUCUAUUUUCGGUAUCAAAGACCAAGAGAUCACCGCCGCCUCAUUUGGUGGAGCGUUUGCGACACUCGUCGAAGAAGUCUCCCAAAAACAUGACAAAGACUGGUGAUGGUGCCGAGUCAAGGAGCAUCAAGAAAUCGAAUCCAACUGGAAGCGCGUCGAAGAAUUUCUUGAAAUCUCAAUCUGACUGUUUGGCGUCACGCACCUUGGGGCAUUCAUUUACUCUAUCGGCCUCUACCGGUGGACAAAGAAAAAGUACAGGAGGAAGAGAUCAUCAGAUCAUUGGCGAGAAGGCGCAAAACGGACGAGUACUCGUUGAGACCACGAAUACUCGAGUUUCCAGAAAUGCGCAACGAAAUAGGCCUCGCCAGAACCACUCCAUGCCUUCACACGUCGAUCAAAGCCGCAUUCCUCGGUCGUCAACACUCGAUUGUCGAAAGAAGGCGACAGAAGAAAUUGGCAGGCCAAGAAUGAAGAGAACCUCUUCGCGAGUUGCAAAGACUGACACAAUUGAUAGAAUGUCGGGAAAAUAUGCCGCAAUGGCCACCCCCAAACAUGGGGCUACAUUUGAUAAUGUAAACCCAUUGGUAUCUUCCAAGUCAUGCAGUGAAAGCCACGUGAAUGAUUGGGCAGAAAAGCAAUCCAAUACAUUCGUCAAAUGGAUAAACUACACCAUAUCUUCAGGAGAAGCUGAUGAAGAGAAAGAACUGGAUGAAAGUGGAAGAUCACCAAGCUGUGCCGGUUUGAGAAUGCUGCUUGUUCAUCGUCGGCAGUCGCAAUUACGCAUGAAAGCAUCGGGGGUGUUCUAUGGGGAUCAGAUGGAAAAACUAAAGGCUACAAUUCACGAUGAGAUUGGCAAAGGGCGUCUCUCCAUUCGAUCAGACCGAGAUCUAUACUACGAUUUGACGUUGCGACGCCAAGUCACCACAUUGUUGCAGUCGUACUCAGCGCCUUGGCUUCGUCUUGGUCUUGAAGUAAUGUAUGGGGAAUCUAUCGAAGUAGGAAAUGCUCCCAAAGAGUCCAUGAAGGCGCAACCUAGCCAAAUACGGCCGUCUCUUGGAAAGUUCAUAGUCAACCGAAUCUUAUCUGACACAGCAGUGUUGAAAAAAUACACCAAAGGGAAGUGCAAGAUUCCUUCUGGACGUUUUGAGAAGCAAUUUCGCGCAGAGAUGAGAAGUCUUGUGCUGUAUCGCAUAAUGUUGUUAAUCUUCUUUCUCGAUCAAGCAAAAAAGUGUAACAUUUUGGACAAGGUGCCUCGUUUGUUCGUAAGGGGCUCCCAAGUAAAGUCUUCAAGAGAAGUUUUGCUUGCACUCUGUAGGAUUUGCCUGUCCUCGGAAGGGGACUUCAUCAAACAUUUAUCCAGAAUUGGGCUGAAGGUUACCUACAAGCAAGAUCCUGUAGAUGAGCUGGACCUCGGAGUUCGCAAUCUAGCGACUGAUCUACGAGAUGGUACUUGUCUGACUCGACUUACAGAAAUCGCAACGGCACAGCCUGCGAAAUCACUUAUGUGCAAGCUGCGACUUCCACCAAUUUCUCGCUUGCAGAAGCUACAUAACUUGAAUUUGGCGCUCGUUUCACUUCGAAAACGUGGUGUAAUUGUUCCAAAGGAUGUCGAUGCUCAUCAUAUUGUUGAUGGCCAUCGCGAAAUGGUGCUUAAGGUCAUGUGGUCAAUCAUUGCCCAUAGCUGUAUGGGGAAGCUACUAAAGGAUGACUUGGUGGAAAGAGAAAUCGAAAAUGUUCUGCGCACUAACCUAGCCAGGCGAAAGAUCCAAGGUCAGCUUUUGUUUCGUCAGAACGAAAAAGCAGGACAGAACGUUUGUUUGGUUGGUACAGACCCGAAAGAGGUAUUGGCGAGUCUGUUGCUUCGAUGGUCACAGGCGGUGUGCUCCACUUUUGGGUUGAAGCUGCUAAACUUCACAACUUCUUUUGCUGAUGGUAGAGCUCUUUGCUAUCUCAUCCACUACUACCAUCCUAGUGUCAUUCGACUGGAUGAAAUUAUGCCUACAUCGCUUGAUAAUGAGAAUCUCUCCUCAGAAAGUGCUAUGCGUAACGAAAGAAUGAAUUCCAUCUUGGCAUCACAAAGAGCAUCAGACUUAGGUGGGAUUCCAAAGAUGCUCCCGUAUUGUGAUUCAAUGAACCCCCCUGAUGAAGAGUCCAUGUUGCUAUGCUUAACAUAUCUUUGUUCCCGUCUGAUGGAGUCCAGCACUGAAAUUUUUGCUUCGAUCUUGAUCCAACAAUGCUACCGAAAGUACAAUCAAAAGAUGCUCCUUGAACGGAAGCGAGAAGCUGCAUUGACAAUUUUUUGGGUUUGGAAACGCUACAAGGACAAGUAUUUCGACUCGCAAAGAAGACGGUACUCCCAAUCUGUUGCAAUGGUUGAGUCUUUUGCUCUUGCAAACUGGGAAAGCUUACUUCGGCUGAAGAAAGCGAGAGAGCGAAAAGAGGGGAUGCUUUCCGCAGUACGGAUUAUCCAGCGUGUCUUUCGAGGCACGCAAGGAAGAAAACUACAUAGUCAAUUGCUUAGGAAACAGAGUGCUGCUAUCAUGAUUCAACCACUCUUGUGCAAUCCAUAUGGAGAAGAUUUGCGAGCCUUUAUAUAUAUGCGCGUCAAAUAA